GCACGCGCGCGCCGGAGGAGAAAGUUGCCUGCAAGUUUGCUGGCCGCGGCGCGGGAGCGGCGGGCGCGACCAUGAACGUGUUCCGAAUCCUCGGCGACCUGAGCCACCUCCUGGCCAUGAUUCUGCUCCUGGGGAAGAUCUGGAGGUCCAAGAGCUGCGCGGGCAUCUCUGGCAAGAGCCAGAUCCUUUUUGCACUCGUCUUCACCACCAGGUACCUGGACCUCUUUACCAACUUCAUAUCCAUCUACAACUCAGUGAUGAAGGUGGUUUUUCUCCUCUGUGCCUAUGUCACAGUGUACAUGAUCUAUGGGAAAUUUCGGAAGACAUUUGACGCGGAGAAUGACACAUUCCGCCUAGAGUUUCUCCUGGUGCCAGUCAUUGGCCUCUCCUUCCUGGAGAACUACAGCUUCACACCCCUGGAGAUCCUGUGGACUUUUUCAAUCUACCUUGAGUCGGUAGCCAUCCUGCCUCAGCUCUUCAUGAUCAGCAAAACAGGAGAGGCUGAGACCAUCACCACCCAUUACCUGUUCUUCCUGGGGCUCUACCGCCUGCUCUACCUGGCCAACUGGAUUAGACGGUACCAGACAGAGAAUUUCUAUGACCAGAUCGCAGUGGUGUCAGGAGUAGUGCAGACCAUCUUCUACUGUGACUUCUUCUACUUGUAUGUGACCAAAGUCCUUAAGGGAAAGAAGCUAAGUCUUCCAAUGCCAAUUUGAGGACCCCAAGGUGACCGAUGCCGUAAUGAGGACACGGGCAGUUCUAGGCUUUGGGACUGGAUGAGCGCAGCACUGUUCACCUCUCCAGAGCUGGCCAGUCCCUCCUUGAAGCACAACCCUGCCCACACCCCAGUGCCAAGGAACAGCCACAUCAAGCCACCAGCUGGGGCACCAGGGACACAUUCUCAGGGCAGCUGCCACUCUCGGGUGGGGGUGGGGGGACACGAAACUUGAGAUAAGCCAAUUGCAGGCAAUCGCCUACAAUUCACUUCCUUAUCACCCUUCAGUCAUAAGCAAGCUACAUUUUGUGCCUCCCCUUUAGCCAAAUACUGCAGGGCUGGACUCCAGGUGCUCACCCAUCAGGUACCCUUCCUCACUACAUUGGGACCAUUUACUUAAGGCUGAGGGUCUCAGCAGGUGCUAAUUGGACUGUCCACUCACUUCUGACUCGAAGCAAGUAUUGUUAAGAGGAUGACAAGCAACUAUUGAGAAACUUUAGAGAAUAAAAAGCUCACACC